UUCUCUUUGAAAAAUGUUUGGUGGUUUUAAAAAAGGUUCACAACAGAUCAAAAAUAAGAGAAGCAAGCCGCUUACCCCCAAAAAUUUAUCGACUCAACGAAAGCCGAGGGCCAUUUUGAAAGAUGGUAAAUGCAAUAUUAUACAACCAAAAUUCCGUUGGAGAUAUUUACAUUACGUAAGAGAUAUAUUCACCGGUUUAGUUGACGCAGAAUGGAAAUGGAUGGUACAAGUAAUGAUAAUCGGUUUCACAGCUUCUUGGUUAACUUUCGCCCUUCUGUGGUGGUUGAUAGCUUUCGUGCACAAAGAUUUACAUGAUGAUCACUUGCCGGCUAAACAAGCUGAAAACGGUUGGACCCCGUGCGUUUUGAAUAUUCACGGAUUCCAUUCGUGUUUCCUUUACUCAUUAGAAACCCAAUCUACAAUGGGUUACGGUUUGAGGGCAAUUACUGAGGAAUGUCCAGAAGCGAUAUUUCUAUUGUGCGCGCAAUGUAUAAUCGGAACGUGCAUAGAUUCAUUCACCGUAGGAGUUUUUUUCGCAAAACUAACUAGACCUAGACUCACAGCUUACACGGUCCAAUUUUCGAAAAAUGCAGUUAUCUGUUUACGAGACGGAGCAUACUGUUUAAUGUUUAGAAUAGGAGAUAUCAGAAAAAGCAGAUUGAUCGGUGUCAGUGUAAGAGCUUUAAUUAUUCACUCGAUAACAACAAAAGAAGGAGAGCAGCUCACAAAUUACCAUAAUGAACUCGAAGUUACAUGCGAUGAAACCGGUAGCGAACCGUUCCUCCUAUGGCCCAUAACAGUUGUGCACAAAAUAGAUGAAGACUCGCCAUUAUACAAUUAUUCAGCAAAGGACAUGUUGAAUGAAAAAAUUGAAUUAAUAGUGAUUUUAGAUGGGUGUAUUGAGAGCACUGGACAAAACACUCAUGCUAAAACAAGUUAUUUAGAAAGUGAAAUACUUUGGGGGCAACAAUUCGUGAAUGUUACUACAUUCAAUUGUGAUAAUGAGAGUUAUGAAGUGAAUUUCAAUUAUUUUGAAAAAAUGAGAAGCAUACCCAUGCCUAUUUGUUCUGCUGCUGAGUUUGAUCAGAACAACGAAACAUCAGAAAAAAUGAUGUAUCCAAGUCAAAACAAUGAAGAAUCGGGUAUAAUGAAAAGAAGUAAAUCCAGUAGGAAUAUUAUAACAAACGAAGUGGAUCCUCAAGAUUCCGAUAAGAAGCAAAUUAUCCAUUUUAAAGAAGAAAGAUCACAAACACCGCCUUUUCCCAUUGACUGGGUAUAAAUAUUAAAUUAUGAGCUAAAUUUAUAUACUAAAUAACCUCUGUAUCAUUUUUAAGCUCUUAAAAAU